AUGGAACGGGGGCCGGCAGUGGGGGCAGGGCUGAGUGCCGGGACCCGAGUCCGGGCAGUGCUGGCCUGCCUGGUGAGGGUGCUACUCUGGGUAGCUUCUGCCUUGCUGUAUUUUGGGAGCGAACAAGCCGCCCGCCUCCUGGGCAGCCCCUGCUUACGGCGCCUCUACCAUGCCUGGUUGGCAGCAGUGGUCAUCUUCGGGCCCCUUCUGCAGUUCCACGUCAACCCUCGGACUAUCUUCGCCAGCCACGGCAACUUCUUCAACAUAAAGUUUGUGAAUUCGGCAUGGGGCUGGACAUGCACCUUCCUGGGAGGCUUCGUGUUGCUGGUGGUGUUCCUGGCCACUCGGCGCGUGGCCGUGACCGCCAGACACCUGAGCCGGCUAGUGGUGGGUGCAGCCGUGUGGCGGGGGGCCGGCCGGGCCUUCCUGCUCAUCGAGGACCUGACGGGGUCCUGCUUUGAGCCUCUGCCCCAGGGCCUGCUGCUCCACGAGCUGCCCGACCGCCGCAGCUGCCUGGCAGCCGGCCACCAGUGGCGGGGCUACACGGUCUCCUCUCACACCUUCCUGCUCACUUUCUGCUGCCUGCUCAUGGCCGAGGAAGCCGCGGUGUUUGCCAAGUACCUGGCCCACGGGCUGCCUGCGGGAGCGCCCCUGCGCCUCGUCUUCCUGCUCAACGUGCUGCUGCUGGGGCUCUGGAACUUCCUGCUGCUCUGCACCGUCAUCUACUUCCACCAGUACACGCACAAGGUGGUGGGCGCCGCCGUGGGCACCUUCGCCUGGUACCUCACCUACGGCAGCUGGUAUCAUCAACCCUGGUCUCCGGGGAGCCCGGGCCAUGGCCUCUUCCCCCGCCCCCACGCCAGCCGCAAGCAUAACUGAAGGAAAUAAAGUCACCCCGGGCCUG